AUGGAAGCUGUGUCAAGCAAGCGUGAUCAUGCGCUGCGAGGCCGCGAUGGCGACACCUCCGAUGGGGCUGCCGGGAAAUCCAUUGUUCGACGGAGCUGCGCCGCCGCCCCCACAACCGCCGGGGACUGACAUGACUGGAAUAUGCUUCCGAGAUCAGCUCUGGCUCAAUACUUACCCUCUCGAUCGCAACCUAGUGUUCGAUUAUUUCGCCUUGUCCCCUUUCUACGACUGGACCUGCAACAAUGAACAGCUUAGAAUGCGCUCAAUCCAUCCUCUCGAUCCGUCUCAAUUAUCGAAAAUGACAGGCAUAGAGUACAUGCUCUGUGAAGUUAUGGAACCUCACCUUUUUGUUAUUCGCAAGCAAAAGAGAGAUGGCCCUGAGAAAGUUACACCGAUGCUAGCAUAUUACAUCUUGGAUGGUUCAAUAUACCAAGCACCACAACUAUGCAAUGUCUUUGCUGCUCGAAUUGGAAGGGCACUAUAUCAUAUACAGAAGGCCUUUAGUACGGCUGCAUCAAAGUUGGAGAAGAUAGGAUACGUUGAUUCUGAAAAUGAGCCUGUAGUGCCAGAAGCAAAGGCUGGUAAAGAGACAAUCGACAUAAAAGAAGUUAUGCGGGUGGAUCACAUUCUUGCAUCCCUAAAGCGUAAGCUAUCUCCAGCUCCACCUCCACCACCAUUUCCUGAAGGUUACGUUCCACCACCAACUGCAGAAACUGAGAAAGGACCCGAAGGUCAAGAAGCAGGAGAGUCGCAAGCUGCUCUUGUUGAUCCUAUAAUUGAUCAAGGACCUGCAAAGAGGAUGAAAGUUUGAUAUAACAAGAGAAAAACUGCAAUUACUAUGGAGAUAUUGGUGCAAGAAGAAGGUGGUUAUUAUUAACGGGGUGGCCUUUGCAAGAACACGAUGGGCUUCGCGUGACUGUAUGUGUUUAAUCCUAUAUGCUAGAUGAUGUUCUGGCUUCUGAUCCUCACCAUGGUUAAUAGUCUAGUAGACAUGAUCAGCUAGGCUCACUGUAAUCUGAGAAUGCAUUUCGGCUCUAGACAGUGCACUAAUUGAUAGUAUAGUUAGAAUCAAUCUUGAGUCCUGGGUAUUUGUGCCGAACCAAAGAGGAAAAGACCAAGUUUGUAAAAAAUAUAGUUUUUUCCAUAGAAAAUUUUGUCACCUUGGCACUCUGCCGUCUGGAAGUAUGGUUGAUCUCAGUGUAGCUGCAGGGCCGUUUCAAGUUUAAAAAAAGGCCAUGGGAAUUUUUAUUCGGGAUUAUUUUUCAAUGAGCACUUAGCAUUUUAAAUUA